AAAAAAUUCAACAAAACCCUCUUAAAAUAUUUCACAUAAUUUCCAUCUACAUUGUGUUACCGUUUCUUUCUCUGAUUAGGCGUUCUAUCUCUGCAUAUUUUAUAGUACUACGUGCCCAAGCUCGUCAGCAGUUCUGCUGCCGUACAAACCCUCUUUCCCUAUAUUCUUCUCUCUCGUUCUACUCUUCCCUUUUACUGAAAACCCCUUUUCCUGUAAUAAUCUCCCAGUUCUCUCAUUACUCGUGUAUGGCUUCUCAGGGCAGAGCUUAUCCAUAUUGGGCUCAUGUUGGUGGAAACAACGGCUCUAUUCCGGUUGAUCCUCAACAAACUGUUCUUGAUGUGACCCCUCUUAAUGUUGUGCCACCACCUCAUCCAUUUAGUGCCGCUGCUUCAACAAAAGAAACAAAUGCUUCUGCAUCAUCAACAGGAAACAAUUCUGGAACCUCCGUCACAGAACUUCCUGCCACGGUAUUUUUUACUUCUCCUCCAACAACCGAGGAGUGGAAUAACAUCAUGGCUGUAACCAAAAGCGGAGUCGCAUUAACUGGUAGUGCAGCAAAAGGAAAGCCUGGGCCAGCCAUCGGGUCGAUAGACAUUUUUGAAUCUGAGGAUGAAAUUAUAUUUCGUGUUGCACUUCCUGGUGUUGUUAGAGAUGCAAGUAAGUUUCAUUUAUUAAAUAAAAUAUAUUCAUCGAAUAAUUACUUUCUCUUUAAAGACCCUAAAAGUUGUUAUAUCAGAAGUCCUCGUAUGAGUUUCCAAACAUUUGGAAUAUCAAAUAAAAAGGACUAGGGACACUAUCCGGCGAUUCGAUAAUACAGUUUUAUUAAAAAAAUUUACAUAUCCCGACAGCUAAAACGGUCCAUGUAGCUGACCCCACAAAACUUCAAAAGCAUGUAGCUUGUAUUUAUUUAUCUUUGAAGGGUUGGUUAAAUCCCAAUAUCUUAGAUUUACUACUGUGAGGGUUCUAGUUUAUUAUUUGAGCUUUGAAGAGACAUGUCCUUUCCUGCUUUUCAUUGUACUAUGACAUGCUUUUGAUGAUUUCUAUUAUAUUGUGUCUUGAUUAAAAUGGAACAUUUUCUGGUAUUCAGUUUGGUCAUUUAGACUGAAUAUUUCCACUUUCUGGUGAUGAUUGAAGAAUGCUUAUAAGUGUUAUGGCAGGUGUUUUUACGUGUGAUGUUCAACCUAGUGGGGCAAUAACAAUAAAGGGCAAGACAGCUACUGGCGGGGAAACAGUUUGCAAGGACUCCAUGGUGUUUCGGAUGCAAACACAAAAUCUAAGUCCUCCUGGGGAAUUUUCCAUUUCAUUCCGUCUGCCCGUGCCAAUUGAUCAUAAGCAACCAGUUAAAGGUGUUUUUGGAACUGAUGGUGUUUUUGAGGCUCUUGUUAAGAAAAGGAUGAUUGGCUGAAGGGUUGAGUGAAUCCCUUCAUGAUUAUUUAGUUAGGUCUAAUUUAUUGAUGUUGUUCUAUGUUGUACAUUAGUUUCUCUUGUCUGGUAAACACCAUGAUGUCGAGUGAUCAUCAUAGUUUGCUACCAUGCGCGCAUUUAUUGAAGUCCAUCACUGGACAUGUAUGUACUCUAGGCAUUUGUUACGGAUCAUAACGUGUAACUUAGUCAUUCUUUGUGUUACAACUUUGAAAUAGUUUUACCUCGGUUUAGCAUAGCUAAGGUUUACCUCUUUGGCUGAGGCGCAUUAUGGAAGGCUAAGUUCUCUGUCCAAACUUCUGUGUACAAUUCUUGUACUAAAAGUACGGCCGAUGGUUUCAUGGUGUGGCUGUAAGAGAAACUUUUCUUCUCUGAGAGUGAUAUGUCACAAGUAUUUUACUGAGCAAAACUCCACCAGGGCUCAUGCACAUUUACCAGACCAUCAAUGAAAUCUUACUUUCAGAUGGAAAGAAAAAUUGCUGUUACUUCAACAAUGUAAUAUUUUUCAAGAAAUGCCCUUAACUUUGAC